AUGGGGAUGGAUAGUGGUGGCAGAGGCUGUGUGUACAGUGACAACAUGCCACAUCAAAGGGUCAUCAAGAAUGUGCCUAGUUUGACACCAAACGAUCACCACAAAAACUCUGAAUGCCAGUUUUAUGUCUGGGCAAUUCUAGCCUUCUUGGGUUUAGCUCUGACUAUAUCGCUUAUCUUCAACAUUUCCCACUAUGUGGAAAAGCAGCGACAAGAUAAAAUAUACACGUACUCCGAUGACUACUUUCCCAGGGAAAAUGAGUAUGAUCUUGAAGACACACCAAUUUAUGGUAACUUAGAUAAUGUGGUCCCAGAACCAGUGGAUGAAAACUACUAUGAACAAAUGAAAGCCCCGCCAGAGAAAUCUGUGAACAAACUGCAAGAAGACGCCCCACCUUCACAGGAAACUGAAGCAAAGAUGUUCUAUGCCUCACUAGAUCACAGCUGUGAGGGGAAGCGCAGAAAGCCCAAGAAACAGAAAACUUAUUCGUCAGACAAGGAUGAAGAUGGGCAGGUACAUGCAAUGGAUAUCAACCUUUCUAAGACCACUUUGGUGGACAGUUUCCCACCAGAAAGCCAGGCAAUAGAGGAAAACAUUCAUGAUGAUCCCAUCAGGCUGUUUGGAUUGAUCCGUGCACGGAAAGAAACUGUAAACUAG